CGGCGCGAUGACGUCACGACGGCAGGCGGAGGGCGUGGAACGAGGAGGUGGUGUUUGGUGCUGGCGGUGACAUGAGCCGCGGUGCGACUCUCGGCAACGUUUGAAGCCGCCCUCGCUGCGUGUGCGACGACGAGGUGACGUGAGGAGGAGACGACGACGAGGAGGAGGAGGAGAAGGCGGCGAGGGAGAGAGGGGACGCGGAGCGAGUUGUGACAAACCCCGGCAGCGUUCGCCGCGGCGUUUGGAGAGGCAGCGGCGGUGGGGGGCGCCGCGCGGUUCGAGACGACCUGACGAGGCUGUGACUUGUGACGCGGGCAGGCCGGCCGGGGGGUGGGGGGGCCACCACCAUGUCCACGCUGCUGUCCCCCAAGGAGGGGAAGGAGGGCAAGGUAGAGCGCCUCUCGCAGGAAGAGAUCAUCUCCGGCACCAAGACGGUCAUCCAGGGCCUCGAGGCUCUCAAGCAUGAGCACGACUCCUACCUGCAGAGCCUCGGUGACACGCUGGGAUGCCUGAAGGAGGGCUCGGAGAGUGCCCUCGUGCAGGAAAAGGCCAACAUCCUCUGCAAGUCCGUCGAGAUGAUUCGCCUGGGGCUCGGAGAGGCUCAGGUGAUGGUGGCGCUGACGAGCCACCUGAACGCAGUGGAGUCGGAGAAGCAGAAGCUGCGGGCGCAGGUGCGGCGCCUGUGCCAGGAGAACCAGUGGCUGCGCGACGAGCUGGCCAACACGCAGCAGAAGCUGCAGCGCAGCGAGCAGGCCGUGGCGCAGCUCGAGGAGGAGAAGAAGCACCUGGAGUUCAUGAACCAGAUGAAGAAGUAUGACGACGACAUCUCGCCCUCGCAAGAGGAGAAAGUGUCAGAGCCCUGCAAGGAGCCUCUGGAUGACUUGUUCCCCAACGAGGAGGAUGAACAAGAGCAAGGCCAGCCCAGCCACAACGCGGUGAACAGCGCGGCGGCGGCAGCGCAGCAGGGCGGCUACGAGAUCCCGGCGCGGCUGCGCACGCUGCACAACCUGGUGAUCCAGUACGCGUCGCAGGGCCGCUACGAGGUGGCCGUGCCGCUCUGCAAGCAGGCGCUCGAGGACCUGGAGAAGACGAGCGGCCACGACCACCCGGACGUGGCCACCAUGCUCAACAUCCUCGCUCUCGUCUACAGGGAUCAAAACAAAUACAAAGAGGCAGCGAGCCUUCUGAACGAUGCUCUGGCCAUCCGAGAGAAGACCUUGGGCAAGGACCACCCGGCGGUGGCCGCCACACUCAACAACCUGGCGGUGCUGUACGGCAAGCGGGGCAAGUACAAGGAGGCGGAGCCGCUCUGCAAGCGGGCCCUGGAGAUUCGGGAGAAGGUGCUGGGCAAAGUGCAUCCGGAUGUGGCCAAGCAGCUGAACAACCUGGCGCUGCUGUGCCAGAACCAGAGCAAGUACGAGGAGGUGGAGCACUACUACCAGCGCGCGCUCGACAUCUACCAGAGCCAGCUGGGCCCCGACGACCCUAAUGUGGCCAAGACCAAGAACAACCUGGCCUCCUGCUACCUAAAGCAGGGCAAGUACAAGGAGGCCGAGGGCCUCUACAAAGACAUCCUGACUCGCGCGCACGAGAAGGAAUUUGGCUCCGUCGACGGUGAGAACAAGCCGAUCUGGAUGCACGCGGAGGAGAGGGAGGAGCAGAGCAAGGACAAGGGCAAGCACAAGGAGAGUCCUCCCUAUGGGGAGUACGGGAGUUGGUACAAGGCCUGCAAGGUGGACAGCCCCACGGUGGGCACGACGCUGAAGAACCUCAGCGCUCUCUACCGGCGGCAGGGCAAGCUGGAGGCGGCCGAGACCCUAGAGGAGUGUGCCGCUCGCUCCCGUCGCCAGGGUGUGGACGUGAUCCGCCAGCCGCGUGUGGCUGACAUCCUGAAUGAUGGUGAGCAGGACAAGCGGCGGAGCCGCGAGAGCCUCAACGUCGACAACGUCACCGUCAAGUAUGAGAGCGGCCGCGAUGGCGGGGAGGAGGUCAGUAUGGGCGUCGAGUGGAAUGGGGACGGCAGCGGAGCCAUGCGACGCAGCGGCUCCUUCAGUAAGAUCCGGGAAACGAUCCGCAAAGGCAGCGAGAAGCUCGUCCGCAAGCUCAAGAGCAAUGGGAGCGAGCCCAAAUACUCGGGAAUGAAGAGAGCCAGCUCGCUCAACACUCUCAACCUGCCCACUGUGGAGGUCACCUUCCAGCCGGAUAACAGUCUGAUGGAGUCGAAGGGCCUCAGCUCCAGCAACCUGGACCUCACGAGCUGACCCUCGCCAAGACGGACCGCACCGUGUCGUGCGCUGGGAGGGGGCAGCCCGCGAGCUCUGCUCCUGCCUGGGUCCAGCAACGCGCAACCCGGCGACGCGGAGUUGCUCGAGAGCUCCGCCGACUACGCCUGGGUGCCCACGUGGGGCCUGAUCGAAAUUCUCAUGGCGCUAGAACUGAUUGUUUUACGCGCCAGGAAUAGCGCCGCUAAGCACUAGGUUGUUGUUGUUGUUUUUUUACUUCGUGCUGUAGCAAGCGCGCAGCUUUAGAACAAAGCCACUAUCAUGACCGACGACUCGAUAUUUGUUCCAGAAAUAUAAGGCUGCGUUAUUGGACGUUACGUGCUGAUGUAUACGGUUAUAUAACUCGCAAACAUGUAUUUGCCAAGAACAGGCACUUGCGAUUUCAUUCGGUAUUUUAAUUAUUUCUAAGCAUCAACCAAAAACUACUAGUCGCAGCUGUAAUUAUGGUAUCGUUAAGAUUAGCUAAUUUAAGCUGUUUAUGAUGAUUUUUGCUGCAAAUGCUGGGCUGAUGGGCUUGUAAUAUCCUGUGGAAGAUAAUACAUGUUACAAGAUUUGCUGCGUAGAUGUUGCCAAGGUGCAGUAGUCAAUUGGCAUAGGCAGUUGGAUCAUACAAAUAUUUGGCUUACUCCUGGCAUAAUUAAAACUUGGUGAAAAUAUUUGAAUCUUUAUUUAAAACUACUGUCGAGUUUGUGAGACCUUUUAUUAACCGCCAUAGAGUGUUGGCUUUAAUAACACGACAAACCGUAUAGAAUUCGUUUUUAUAAUCAAAUCUAUUUAGCGUAAAAUCAUUCAAUGUCCCUUAGAGGACCACAUUGGAAGAGACUGCCUAUUGCAGUGUAUCUGCACGCAAGAGAUGGAGCCAUACGCUUUGCCUACUUUUGCAAAAUCCCAGAUAAUUAUAUGAUCCUAGGAGUUUGACUCUUCACAAGACAGCAUUGCAUCAGCGUAAAUAAGCACAGGUCAGCUAUUGUAUUAUUUAAUUGAUAAUGCACGUAAUUUAAGUUUGCGUCUGCAGCAUAUUUGCCAUGGACUUAUUUUAAAUGAUCUUUACAUCCUUGUUUGCAGACCAGGUUUCCCUUUGGAGGAUUACUGGGGUUUCGGUGACGUGUUAUGAUCUGUGCAGUGUUGGGAGAUACACAAAGGCACAUGUGUCGGUUUACUUUCUCAGUUUUACCAAAUUCAGCUAUGCUUGUUCUUUGAUAGUAAAAUAUAUACCCUCACCUCAUAGCUUGGAAUAAAUAAAAAUACACAAGCCAAUCACUUUAGCCCAUUUGCAUGGCCUGGGGACGUUUAACUGUAGCACAUUGACGAGACUACUGGGCGAACAUUGCCAACGCGUGUGUGUGGAAGGUUACGAUGGCGAGCGGUGUUUUUUUGUAAUUAAUAAUAAGCUGUUACAGUCGUGGUGUAUUUCGGCACUUUUGAGAUAUGACGUUUCGCGUGCAUGCUUGAAACGGGCAUCUCUUUGUCGACGGUGCGGUGGCGAGUGAUGUUUACAGCGGACUUGCAGGUGUCGACUGCUACUACUUGCACGACGGCACCGGGCUGUGCGCGUGGGUGUCCGGCUGAUGUGGCUGUGGGCCCAUGUCAUUUAACCGGGGGGCUCUUAUCGUGCAAUUUAAAGUCACACUCCUGUGGAUUUGAGAUCCCAUAAUGUUCAGCCUUUAGGCCUUGAGAGCCUUUAUUGCCUUCCAUGCUUUCCGUAUUUUGAAUGGGGAAAAACAUUAGCAGAAGAAAUUAUUAAAAUUGUAUUUGAAAAUUGUGAUUAAUGCCGAUAUAGUUUAUUUAAACAAGCUGAGUACUUAGCAAUUUUUUUUAUGUACAUGUCAGCUGGCCUCGUGGUGGCAUGGAGACCACUUCUGGAUCACCGCUCACAGCGAGGGAUUGUAACUGCAGGUUUUUUGUUCACAAUCAUAUUUGUUUCAUCGAUAGGAUAACAUACAUCCACAGUGUUGUAUAGUUCCUUAAUGGAGCUAACACAUUGGACAGGCUUAUAUAAAAUGGAUAACAUCAAAUUUUUGUUUACAUGAAAGUGAACUUAUGCUGUGACGUGCUGCUGUUGUUCACCAAGAUUGAAUUGUGGUUCUCGCUGGAGUCGAGAGAGGACCCAAUGCAGACCUUUGGUGUUAAAUAACGAUACACAAUCUCUCCCCCAUGCAGACCAAUGAGACUGGAGUUGUCCCAUUGCCAAAACAAAUGUAAUCAUUCCGGUGCCGGUGUGAGGACUGGCAAAGUGUAAAUAUUCGAACCAGUGUCCGCGCACCUUUUGCCAUGCUGUCAUACAACAUGUUGUACAUUGCAUUUUAUUGUUUUCAAAUGAAGAUUGAUGCGGGCUAAUGUAUCAUUGUCAUGUGAAAGCCAAUGCAAACAACUGAUAAGAUGGAGCCAAAGGUAUCAAUGUUGUCUUUGUUAUUUUAAUACACUCAGUGGUGAUGUUGGGUCUGUAGGCCAUUCUGGGGGUGUUCUCUGUACCUUCCUGCAUAUACUGUGUGCAUGGCACAAUGCAAUCAGUAAUCAUUAAAAAUAAUAAAAUAUUUUAAAAUA